AUGCCUCUUAGGAUUAAACCCCUAUCUCUCAUCUUCCUCAUACUCCUCAUUGUUUGCUCUUCAUCACUAGCUAUAGUCGAAGGCUCUAUCCAGUUCGGAGGCACAAAGAUGCAUGAGAGGUUCAUGCUUUACAAGAGUGAGGAAGUGGGAGUGAAGAAGAUGAGUCAUAGGAAGUUGAUGUUUCACUCGACGACGGACUACGACGACGCAGGACCAAACCCUAAGCAUGACCCAAGAAAGAGGCCAGGAGGCAAGCCUUGA